AUGAUUGAGGAUGAACGUAAACUGAUUUUCCUUUUUGAGGCAGUCAACAGCGACGAUUGGGUGAGCAUCGACUGUGGCAAUGAGGAUUUUCUAAUAGACGGCUCUCUAGUUACAUGGGACACAGACGAUCUCUACACUGACGCCGGAAUCAACCAAAAAAUCCGAACAAAUAAAGAUCAGCCACUCGAAAUUUUGACCACGCUCCGAUUUUUCCCUUCCUCAAAAGAACAGAGUUGCUACAAAUUGCCGAUUUACGAUCAGAAUCUACGGUACCUCGUAAGAUCUGGAUUCCUCUACGGCAAUUACGACGGCCUGAAUCAGCCACCAGCGUUCGAUUUCCUUCUCGACGGCAAAAAAGUGUCAACGAUCGAACCGGCGUCGGCGACGGAGACGAUAUUCGACGAAUUGGUGUAUACGUCGAAGAGAUCUGGAUUUAUGAAUCUGUGUUUGGCGCAGAGGAAGGACGGCGGAAUUCCAUUCAUCUCUUCGAUUCAGGCGAUUCCGACGGGCGAUGAUUUAUACGCAAAUAUGAAAUUUAAUGAAACGUUUCGGGUUGUCGCUCGAAUUAACUACGGAAAUGACGAUGGAAGCCUUUCGUCAUCUGACGAUAAUUACGAAAGAAUAUGGACAUUGGGAACCACUCCCCCAAACUGCAAUGCAAUAUCAGCGAUUCCCGAUUUCGAAUCGCCGGAAAACGAUCCUCCAUCCUUCGUCUUAGACAGCGCCAUUGAAUCCGUUAACGCCUCUUCUCCGAUCAUCCUCACCGUCGAUUUCUCCAACGCCUCCUCUGCCUCCCAAUCCGCUUAUUUUGUCCUCUAUUUCACUGAAGAAGAGGCUCUUUUUGACGACAAAAACAGAACCAUCGAUAUCUUCAUCGACGGCCAGAAAUUGUCCACGAUUACUACUAGUGUCGAAAGAUGUACGGUGGUUACUCUGUAUCCGAUUAUUGUGAGGACGCCGACUGUGAAUGUGACGCUUUCCGCUGCAAAUUCCUCCGCCGGCUCGCCGCCGUUGAUCACUGCAAUGGAAGUUUUCGUUAAAGUUAUCCCCACCGGCGGCGCGUCUUCCUUGCAAUUUCCUUUCUUCUCCUUUAUUUUGAUGCUUUCGUCUGUGUUUUCGGAUUCGUCUUGUUUGGAGUUUCGUGUUCUUGUUCUCAAAUUUGAAUUGUUUUGA